AUGAGCCAACCAUCAAGACAGUCCCAGGGCUCUCCCAACACCAAGGACGUGAAGAGUCCGCAGCAGCAGCAGCAACUUCUCACGCCACCAGACUCCUCCAAGGCCCAACGCACCGGCGUCGACUCGACUGGAAAUGCCACCUCUAACAACUACGGAGGGGACACCCAGGACGAGCACGAUCAACCUCUCCAGCCCGGCGGCCGGCCCCGGCGAUACACGACGUACCCGGACAUCGUCAACCCCCAGCAGCAGCAACCCGCGCCGUACCAGAGCAACGGCCGCAGGCGGAGACGUACACAGGCUGAAAUGCUGAUGCAUCAUGCCCUAGCCUGGCUCGGCUACGGGGAGGACGUUCCCAAUGUCAGUGUCGUAACCGGGGAGCCGCUCGUCUAUGGAGAGAUCCCUACGCACGGUACCUGGAAGGUGGGCGGUGAGUAUGGUGACGAUGAAGUUGACGAACUCGCCGCGAGGGUGUCGAGCGCUCUCACCAUCGGGGUCAACAGGAACGCUAGGGAGCAGCAGCAGGGACUCAAGCGCGGCGGCGCCUGA